AAGAACAAUAAAACAAAUUCGAACUAAAGAGAUUAUAUAACAAAUCUGCUUCAGCCAAAAGAGAUUAAAGAGACCCAUUUCCAAAAAUCUCACACUUUUAAGGUUUUAUUCUCAAAGAGAUGGGUUGCUUCAGCAGUAAGGAGCUACAACAAUCGAAAAGAACCAUUCUUGAGAAACCUUUAGUUGACAUCACAAAGAUUUAUAUCCUCGGGGAGGAAUUGGGUAGAGGUAAUUUCGGUCUAACCCGAAAGUGCGUUGAGAAAUCUACAGGUAAGACAUUCGCCUGCAAAACCAUUCUCAAGACAAAGCUAAAGGACGAAGAAUGUGAAGAAGACGUGAAGAGAGAGAUUCGGAUUAUGAAGCAAUUGUCUGGAGAACCAAACAUUGUCGAGUUCAAGAAUGCUUACGAGGACAAAGAUUCUGUACAUAUUGUUAUGGAAUAUUGUGGUGGUGGAGAGUUAUACGACAAGAUCCUAGCUUUGUACGAUGUUGGGAAGUCUUACUCGGAGAAAGAAGCUGCUGGAAUCAUUAGGUCGAUUGUGAAUGUUGUGAAGAAUUGCCAUUACAUGGGUGUGAUGCAUCGUGAUCUAAAGCCUGAGAAUUUCUUGCUUACGAGUAACGAUGACAAUGCUACGGUCAAAGUUAUUGACUUUGGGUGUUCUGUGUUCAUUGAAGAAGGAAAAGUAUACCAGGAUUUAGCUGGGAGUGAUUACUACAUUGCUCCUGAAGUGUUACAGGGAAAUUACGGUAAAGAAGCGGACAUUUGGAGUGCAGGGAUUAUAUUAUACAUCCUACUCUGUGGCAAAUCUCCCUUUGUGAAAGAACCUGAGGGACAGAUGUUCAAUGAGAUUAAGAGUUUGGAAAUCGACUACAGCGAGGAACCAUGGCCUCUUAGAGAUUCAAGGGCAAUACAUCUUGUCAAGAGGAUGCUUGAUAGAAACCCCAAGGAACGAAUCUCUGCUGCAGAGGUUCUUGGACAUCCUUGGAUGAAAGAAGGAGAAGCUUCGGAUAAGCCUAUUGAUGGCGUUGUUUUAUCCCGUUUGAAGAGAUUUCGAGAUGCGAACAAGUUUAAGAAGGUAGUUCUAAAGUUUAUUGCAGCAAAUCUAUCAGAAGAGGAAAUCAAAGGUCUUAAGACACUGUUCACCAACAUAGAUACUGACAAAAGUGGAAAUAUUACUCUUGAAGAACUCAAAACAGGUCUUACUAGACUUGGAUCUAACCUCUCUAAAACCGAAGUGGAGCAACUCAUGGAAGCUGCUGAUAUGGAUGGUAAUGGAACAAUCGACAUAGACGAGUUUAUUUCUGCAACGAUGCAUAGAUACAAAUUGGAUAGAGAUGAACAUGUGUACAAAGCAUUCCAACACUUUGACAAAGACAACGACGGGCACAUAACGAAGGAAGAGUUGGAGAUGGCGAUGAAGGAGGAUGGUGCGGGAGAUGAAGGUAGCAUCAAACAAAUCAUAGCCGAUGCUGAUACCGAUAAUGAUGGAAAAAUAAACUUUGAGGAAUUCCGCACAAUGAUGAGAACUGAGAGCAGCUUGCAGCCAGAAGGGGAACUUCUUCCGAUCAUCAAUUGAAUAAUACAUAUUUGCAUGCUUUAAGGUAUUGAAUAAUACAUAUUUGUAUGGUUUAGUUUGAUCUGUUUAAUCCACAUUUUUUGUUUGUCAAGGUUGUAAAAUCCAAUUAAAAAGAAUUCAUUCUUUUGGUAUAUUUGUGAUUCCUUAUAAAGUGUGUUGUAGUUUUAUAGAUACUUGACCUAAGGAAUUGAGAAAUACAAACAUCAAAAAUAUUCAGAGAAUUCAAUAGAAUAUUUCG